AUGAUGAACCCGUUUGAAGGCUCUGUUUGCCCGCGGCAGGAGGGGGCUGAGGAGGCGGAUGGACGGUGCCGCUGGGCUCGGUUCUCCUCCUGGCUGGAGUGUGUCUGUGUGGUCACCUUUGAUCUGGAGCUCGGACAAGCCUUGGAGUUGGUCUAUCCUGAAGAUGCAAAACUUACAGAAAAAGAAAAAACCAGCAUUUGUUACCUGUCCUUUCCUGAUUCAUAUUCCGGAUGCCUUGGGGAUACUCAGUUCAGUUUCAGGAUGCGUCAGUCUGUUGGACGCCGAGGGUCGAAGGAAGGAGACAUUUACAACAGAGAUGCCGCGACGACGUUACAGAAAGAAGUUUGCCAUUUUUUUGGCUACGUAUAUUUUAGACAGGUCAAGGAUGUCUCUGUGAGAAGAGGCUACUUUCAGAAGUCUUUGGUGCUCCUCAGCAGGCUUCCCUAUCCAACCUUUUUUCAUUCACUGCUGCAGAUUAUUGCCCCAGAGUACUUUGAGAAGUUAGAGCCUUGUCUUGAAACUGUUUGUAACGAGAUUGACCGGUGGUCCAAACCCUUACCAGGAAUGACACUCAAUUUACCAGUGAUGGGUCUAGUUUUACAGAUAAGAAUUCCUUCCAAAUCUGACAAACCCGGUGGCAGCCCAAUUCGAAGCAUAGUCAAAGAGAAUCUAUUACCAGCUCCAAUGGUAUUGCCAACAAUCCAUGAACUGGACCUGUUCAAAUGUUUCCAGCCAGUUUUGAUUCACCUGCAGAUGCUCUGGGAACUUGUUCUGCUUGGUGAACCGCUGAUUAUUAUUGCUCCCUCUCCUACAGUCUCUUCAGAAACAGUAUUGGCUCUUGUGAGCUCAAUCUGUCCCUUAAAGUUCUGUUGUGAUUUCCGUCCAUACUUUACCAUUCAUGACAGCGAGUUCAGAGAAUACACGACUCGCACCCAGGCUCCCCCGAACGUGGUGCUCGGUGUUACAAAUCCUUUUUUUAUCAAGACCUUUCAGAGUUGGCCCCACAUCAUAAGACUUGGUGACCUCAAGAUGACUGGGGAUCUACCCAAACAAGUUAAGGUGAAGAAACUAGUCAAACUGAAGACACUUGAUACGAAACCAGGAAUCUACACAACGUAUAAGACAUUUUUACACAAAGAUAAAAUUCUUAUUAAAAGGCUACUCAAGGGUAUUCAGAGGAAGAGGCCGUCUGAGGCACAAAGUGCCAUAUUAAGAAGACACAUGUUAGAGCUCACACAGAGCUUCAUCAUUCCCCUGGAGCGAUACAUGGCAGGCUUGAUGCCGCUGCAGAGAUCAGUGACUCCCUGGAAGAGUCCUCCCCAGAUUCGUCCUUUCAACCAGGAUGAGUUUAUUGCUACACUGGACCACAGUGGACCACAGCUUACCUCCAUGUUGAAAGGGGAUUGGAUAGGAUUGUACAGGAAAUUCUUCAGAUCUCCCAAUUUUGAUGGAUGGUACCGUCAAAGGCACAAGGAGAUGACCCAGAAGCUGGAGUGUCUGCAUCUGGAGGUCAUUUGUGACGCUGAUUUGAUUGGUUGGACUAGAGACAAGUCUGAGGUGGAAAUUGUGGAUGUUGUUCUUAAACUCAGAGAGAAAAUGACUAAAGCACGACAACAGCAGCUGCUGGUCAGAGACGAUGUUGUCGACAAAUUAGAGACAUUUAUUAUGUCCACAAUCGCUGCAAUGCCAGGGGAUCUCCAGACUUUACUCAACACACAAGCAGACAUGCAACUAUGA